GUGUGGGCGCCCAAGAUGGCUUCCCCGGAGGCGGCGGAGUGCGGGGAGUGGGCGGCGGGCGGCGGGCGGGAGCUGAGCCUGCGCGGGGGGCCGGGGCUGGAGCGCCGGGUGCGGGAGGCCGGGGGGCGCCUGCCGGAGGCGGUGGGGCGGGCGGGGCCGGGCCUGCGCAGCCUGGAGGUGCGGGGCGGGUGCGCGGCGCUGCGGGAGCCCGGCCCGGCCCUGGCGCUGCUCUCGGGGCUGCAGGCCCUGGCGCUCCCCGCCUGCGCCCUCGGCCCCGCCGGCCUCUCCGCCCCGGGCGCCUGCCUGCUCCCGGCCUCCCUCCGCACCCUCGACCUCUCCGGCAACGCGCUCGAGGCGCUCCCCGCCGAGCUGGGCGGGCUCCCCGCGGAAGGGGACGGGGCCGGGGAAGGGGAGGACAGCCCCCGCCUCCUGCCCGAGCUGCGCCUCCUCAACCUGCGCGGGAACCGGCUCCGCGAGAUGGGCCCCGGCCUGGCCCGCGCCGCCCCGGCCCUGCAGGAGCUGCUCCUCGGCGGGAACCUCCUCCGCGCGCUCCCCGGGGGGCUCCUGCCCGCGGAAGAAGAACCAGGAGCCGGGGCAGCCGGAGAGCCCCGCCGCCCCCGCCGCCCCCGCGCCCCCUUCCCGCUCCUGGGGAACCUCGAGGCCGCCGGGAACCAGAUCCAGAUCCUCGGGCCCGGCCUCGCCCGCCUCCCCGCCCUCAAGACCUUGGACGUGUCCAAUAACAAGCUCUCCGAAGUCCCCGUGGAACUGGCCGACUGCCCCAAGCUGAAGGACGUCAACUUGAAAGGCAACGCCCUGAAGGACAAGCGGCUGGAGAAGAUGGUGAACGGCUGCCAGACCAAGUCGAUCUUGGAGUACUUGCGCAAGGGGAAAGGCAAGCCGGAGGGCGCGGAAAGGGAGGAGCCGAGGAAGAAGAAGCGGGAGAGGAACCGGAGAAAGGACGGCAGCGACGGAGACGACGAGGUGGGCGAGGCCCAGAAGCUGCUCCUCAAAGUCCUCCACGUCUCUGAGAACCCGGCGCCCCUGGUCGUCAAGGCCAGUCCCGGCGUCAAAGAGGUCCGGCCGUACAUCGUGUGCUGCGUAGUGAAAGGCAUGAACCUGAGCCCGGGAAACGCCUUGAAGAGGUUCCUUUCCGUUCAGACCAAGCUGCACGAGGACGUCUGUGAAAAACGGACAGCUGCCACCAUUGCCACGCACGACCUGCGGCUGGUGAAAGGCCCCCUCUUGUAUGAUGUUCGGCCACCAGAUGAUUUGAAGAUCACUCCCUUGGGCAGGAAAGAAGUGAAGGCGAAAGACCUCCUCCGGCAGCUGCAGUCUGAAGCUGAGGAGCAGCGGAAACAGAAGAAGAGGCAGAAUAUCUCUGGACUGCACAGGUAUCUCCAGUUACUCAACGGGAAGGAAAACUACCCUUGCCUUGUUGAUGCCGAAGGCACCGUGAUUUCUUUUCCGCCAAUCACAAACAGUGAGAAGACAAAGUUGGGGAAGACCACCUCCGACCUCCUCCUGGAAGUGACAAGCGCCACCAGCCUGCAGACGUGCAAGGACAUUAUGGACACGCUCAUUCUAAAAAUGGCAGAGCUGAACAAGUCUACUCUGGAAAACAAGGACGGGGAACCAGAUUCCGAUCAUGAGUCCAACGAUAUUGCCAGUCGCGACAACGCCAGCCCUGGAUGCGUGUCUGCCAACUGCCUUCCUCUGGUGUUGGAGCAAGUCCGGGUGGUGGACAUGGACGGGAACCUGAAGGUCCUCUACCCUUCGAAAACCGACCUCUGUACAGUCUCCUCCCUUGUCACUGUCAUCCAUUAAGCGCCUUGGGCUUCCUCUGGUUGUGGGGCAUGUCCUACAGCUUUGGGACGUUUGAAAAACACAAACCGCAAAAUAUCCGCCACUUUGCUCUGGUGGGAGUGAGGGUUGAGUCCACUGUUAACUCAGUUGUGGUCUUGAGAAGGGACUCAAAGCCCGUUUGGUUUAAUAAAACGACCUCUGCCCACCUGGGAACACGACACGUCCUCCCAAA